AGCUCUCCCAGUCCAACAGCUCGACCCAGGGUUCCCGCCGCCGCGGCCCUCCAGACCACCCGAUCCUAGAGCCCGCCAGCCCCACGGACCCACGCAAGAGCAAGGGGGCGGCCUCGGGGCGGCGGGACGGUCGUCGGAGGGCCGCCUCCACGCCAAAGCCAGCUUCAAAGUCCCCCAGCAUGGCCCGCGGCGGCAAUCAGAACUGGAGUUCCGGGGAGUCGGACGGUCCGCCGGAGGAGCAGGCGCCGGAGGAGAGCGAAGACAAGAUGGUGAAGGAGACCCAGUACUAUGACAUCCUGGGGGUGAAGCCCAGCGCCUCCCCAGAGGAAAUCAAGAAGGCCUAUCGGAAGCUGGCGCUCAAGUACCACCCGGACAAGAACCCGGAUGAGGGCGAGAAGUUUAAACUCAUAUCCCAGGCAUAUGAAGUGCUUUCAGAUCCAAAGAAAAGGGACAUUUAUGACCAGGGCGGAGAACAGGCAAUUAAAGAAGGAGGCUCGGGUAGCCCCAGCUUCUCUUCACCCAUGGAUAUCUUUGACAUGUUCUUUGGUGGUGGAGGACGGAUGGCUAGAGAGAGAAGAGGCAAGAAUGUGGUACAUCAAUUGUCUGUAACUCUUGAAGAUUUAUAUAAUGGCGUCACAAAGAAAUUGGCCCUCCAGAAAAAUGUAAUUUGUGAGAAAUGUGAAGGCAUUGGCGGGAAGAAGGGAUCCGUGGAGAAAUGCCCACUGUGCAAGGGGCGGGGGAUGCAAGUCCACAUCCAGCAGAUUGGACCGGGCAUGGUGCAGCAGAUCCAAACUGUGUGCAUUGAGUGCAAGGGCCAGGGCGAGCGCAUCAACCCCAAGGAUCGCUGUGAAAGCUGCAGUGGUGCCAAGGUGAUCCGCGAGAAGAAAAUUAUCGAGGUACACGUGGAGAAAGGUAUGAAAGAUGGGCAAAAGAUACUAUUUCAUGGAGAAGGAGAUCAGGAGCCUGAGCUGGAGCCUGGUGAUGUCAUAAUUGUGCUUGAUCAGAAGGAUCAUAGUGUCUUUCAGAGACGAGGCCAUGACUUGAUCAUGAAAAUGAAAAUUCAGCUUUCUGAAGCUCUUUGUGGCUUCAAGAAGACGAUAAAAACACUGGAUGAUCGAAUCCUUGUUAUUACAUCCAAAUCAGGUGAGGUGAUAAAGCAUGGGGACCUGAAAUGUGUGCGCAACGAGGGAAUGCCGAUCUACAAAGCUCCCCUGGAAAAGGGAACUCUGAUCAUACAGUUUUUAGUAGUCUUCCCUGAAAAACACUGGCUCUCUCAGGAGAAGCUUCCUCAGCUAGAAGCUCUGCUCCCUCCCCGGCAGAAGGUGAGGAUCACAGAGGACAUGGAUCAGGUGGAGCUGAAGGAGUUCAAUCCCAGUGAGCAGAACUGGCGCCAGCACAGGGAGGCCUAUGAGGAGGAUGACGAUGGGCCCCGGGCCGGAGUGCAGUGCCAGACGGCAUGAUGUGGCAUAACUUGGCGCAGUGCAGCGCGGCCUGGCCAGAGUAGCACGUGAUGAAUGUAAAGUUGGCACAAUGAAAAUGGCAUCGCUUUAAUGACCUCGUGUUUGGGGUGUCCUGUGUAUGUGUUCAGCAUUCUCCAUUGCUGAGUGUCUUUUUGGUUUUUCUUUUUGUUGUAAUUUAAGUUAUAGCUUGAUUUAUAUUUAAAUGUUUUAAGUGUAAAUCACCUCUAGUCUGCAUAUGGAAUCUGUUCAUUUAAACUUUCAGGACAUUGGAGAUGCCAGUGACCACAAUGACACUUUGUGCUUCUAGUGGCUUUGCCAUAGUGUGGUUCCACAGUAAAGCACAGCCCAGAGAGCAGCACUCAGCCCCCAGCAAAAACUCCCAAGGCACGAAGUGGGUGUCCUGGCCCAUCUCUCUUCUGGUUUUUUCCUUUCCCUCCCCUGGCAAAGUUAGAGGGCAUGAUCUCAGGGCUGCUAAUAUGAUAUUUCUGAAUCUGGAUUCCAGAUGAACCUCUUAAAGAAUAAAAGCACACAUGCGGGUUGGACUUGGCUCACAUGCCUGGUUCACAUGGAGUGGGCUGUGCUCCCAAGUUGCAGGGCCCGCCUAGUUCCUACUGUUCGGUGCCCUUAAGGGUUAGAAUGGGGUGUGUGUGUAAUCUUGGAAGUUUUCUGAACUUUCCAGGCCCUGUAGUGGGGACGAACCAGUGUUUUAAAUGAUGUGCAGCUGUUUGCCUGUGACCCCCGCACCUCGUCCUUUGUGGUUUUAAUGAUUUUCUGUUGACAACCUUUGCAAUGUUCUCCCACCAAAGUGCUUACUUGUAAACUAACCCUUCAUGUCCCCAGCAGCCUCAGUGCAGCAGAAGCCAAGGGAGGAUGCUGGUCAUUUGGCCCCAUGGCACAGCCAGUUUCUCCUAUCUGGUGACCCUGUAUGACCUGAGGGUCUGGAAAGGCAUUGCACUUCUCAGUAUUUUCCACCUCCUUCUCCCAGAUUCAGCUCCUUUCCAAAGGAUCAUUCCUUUCAUUGCACAGCCAUACUACAAAGGGCUUCCUGCUCAAGUGACAUUUGCCGAGAACUGCACUAACCAAGUUCUCUUAAGGACUAGUCUGAAUGGACUGCCACUGUAAAUGAUAGUCUGUUUAGAGGGACAGUAGUCAGUACUUUAUUCCUGGCAGGUAAACUACACUUUGAAUUGGGGUUACCUCAACCUUUAGCCAUUACUAUUCAUUUCUUUUCUACAAGUCAUGAAUAAAAACUGCUACCUUCUAAGCUGCCGGGCUAACCUAUGAGAUCCUCCCUUAUUUGGUUACAUGGUACUUGAGAGUUUAGCUCAGACCAGGGACCUCCCCUCAGAGGGUUGAAGGACAGAGCAGACCCAAGGCAGACAGGGCAAGCCAGCUGGAUGGACCAGGCUCCCAAAGAACAGUGCUGGCUAAUGAGGCAUAAUUUGCUCAAAGUACAAAGAGAGCCCACCUAUACCCACUUUGACCAUUGGCCAGGAUAGACUUAAAACCAAUUCUUUGAACUAAACCUAUGUGAAAUCAAUUUAUAAAUGGACCACAACUCUAGAGUGUUGUUUCUGUGCUGUGACUUCCUAAUUAUUGCUAGAGAACUACUGUUUAGUUGGUGAUGGAGCAAAAUUACAUUCAGCUCCUCCUUGUCAUGUAAGUGGAAUCUGGAGGGUGUUGCUUAAAAUUUUAUUCCACCUGUACAUUUGUCACUUUAAAAUUAAAAUUGAGCUGGUAUGAGA